GCUGAGCGGUGGAGCCGACACACGGAAUAUUUCUUUAUUUUAUUUUUUUUUUAAAUUCUCUUCGCAGCUUGAAAAUUGGUGGAAAUGUUCAACAGCAACGUCAGGGAGUUUGAUGAGGAUCCGUUUUUCUCGGAUCCAUUUCGUGCUCACCGGGAGCACAUGCGGCAGAUGAUGCGAAGCUUCUCUGAGCCGUUUGGCGGGCCCAUAAUGCCCAGUAUAAUGGAUGGGAGGAACCGUGGUCGUGAAGGGAUAGAGCAUCCCAGCUCAUCUGUCGCACUGAGAAACGAACACAGGGAUAUGAGCCGGUCAUUGUUGCCCUUUGGCAGUAUUGACAGCACGGACAUGAUGAGGAAUCCCUUUGGCAUGUUUGACAACAUGAUGGCCAACGUGCGAAACAGGAUGGAUGAAAUGCACAGAAACUUUGAGAACCCGCCCACAGGUUCAAACAGCCACUCAUUCAGCUCCUCAUCCGUCAUGACAUACUCAAAAGUUGGGAACGAGCCUCCCAAGGUCUUCCAGGCGACCUCGUCGACACGCCGUGCCCCUGGAGGGAUCACGGAGACCCGGCAUGCAGUUAAAGACUCUGAGAGUGGACUGGAGAAGAUGAGAAUUGGUCACCACAUCCAGGACAGAGGCCAUGUUGUAGAGAAGAAAUACAACAAGAAAACAGGAGAGAAGGAGUUCAACCAGGACUUCCAGAAUUUGGAUGAAUCCGAAGCGCAGUCUUUUGACGAUGAGUGGCAGCAGGAAGUGUCCAAGUUUCAGUCGUCUGGCCCCAUGUCUCGCCUGAAGGAACCUCGACCCCGUGCUGUUCGCCAGGCAGCCCUCACCGGUCCCGAGCAGGCCCACAGGGACCAACAAAUCGCCACGGCUGAGGGUAAAAGCAAAAUGAAAGGCUCACGUUCGACACAGCAGUAAAAAUCAGCUGUAUAUGUGUCAAUAAAGUCUUUCAAGGAUCAUACAGUACACCCUGGUGCCUCCUCAACACCUCCACGCACAAAAACACACAGAGGACACUGACCUGGGUUUUAAAAUAGUUAUUCUACAUCCGGUGUUUCACAGAUUUUGGCUCAGCUGCAUGUAUUUUACAUUACUGCUGCACAUUUUCUUAAACAUGUUGUACUGGUUGAACAGGACAUUUAGAGUUCAGGGAGGCACAACAUCUGCAAGUUGCAAAAACUGUACAUUAUGCUUUGGAGAAUGAUCAGUGGUAAUGUAAACUUUGUCAUUUGUAGUAUGUUGCUGCAGAAUAUGUAAAGUCCUCACUGUUGUACUUGGUAUUCACAGUUGAAGCUUACUGUUCUUGUUUCUUACACGCCAACCAGGAAGCAGGUUAUGGAUGCAGUGAAACUGAGAAGCACAUCGACAUAUAAGCGUUGCACAUUUCAACACAGAAAUAAAUUUUAUUUUUCAUACUGUCUCUAUUAUUAUUAUGCAAUAGGACACAGAAAGUAGUGAAUUACUGACUCGUGUGAAAUCCACUAAUGCACUUAGGUAGUAUCUACAUUACUUGUAAUUAUACUGUCUAGCACCUAAUGUUCUAGAUAUAUGUAUUUUAUCUGCUGUAAUCUUUGUAAAAAGAAAAAGUUACCCUUCUUUUUUUAUAUUGUUACUUUGGUUGCUCGUUUUUCAUCUGAUGAACUCCGCCGUGCUGCUUAGCAUAAACUCGCGGACGUAUGGAUUAUUCUCAAUAAUUCACGUUUUAUUCUUGUAUAUUUUGACAAGCUCUAAAAAUAAGGCCUGUGUAAACACAGGCUGUUGUCUGAAAAUAAAAAUGUGAACAUUCA